AUGGACAUUAAACGAGCCUCGAAAUCAGGAAGGGAGCUCUGGCUGAUCAGAAUUCCCGUCGACCUGCCAACAGAAACUCUCAGUGACCUCAAGAUCGAGCUGAGGGAAGCAGGAGGGGAUGGGCAGGUGGAGUGCGAUGGUAGGAAGUUCUUGGCAAGCGUCUCUCCGGCACAAGAGACGGAGGCCGCGCAGAUCCUGGCGCUCCUCCCCGACCCCAAGGAGAGUCAACUGGUUGCAGCAAAACCCUUCCGGCGACAGCUCAACCUCGUUGAACACAUCCCCGGCGCAGACGCCCCGUCUGAAUGCCCUCCUCUUCCUCCUCCUAUCGCACAGCGCGCGAGCCUACCGGGUAAGGUGACGCCUUCAGGACAUGGAUUCAAAGGGCUACCAGACUCGUACGCCUCCGGAGGACGUGUCUCUGCCAAGAAGGUGAAGAAAGAGGUCAAAUCACCGGAAUCCAAGAGGAAGGUUAAGGAGGAGAAAGACGACAAGGAUGAACUGCAGAAGAGCCCGGGCAAGAAGAGCAAGAAGAGCAAGAAGAGCGAGUAG